CGCUCAGGACCCGAGCCGGGCUCUCGGAAGGCGGCGCCCCUUGUGCUGGCACGGAUGGUGCCCGCGCCCGCUGCCCAUUCCCGCUGCCCCAUUCCUAGGGCGAAGCGCCCAGAGGGAGCAGCCGGGGCGCGAAGAGGCGGGAGGGUCCCAGCGGGGCCCCACCCCGGCCUGCAGGGGAGGACAGUGCCAGGAGCCGGGAACGCGGCCCAGGGCCUGGGCUGGCACCUGGGGGCCUCGCCACCCCCACCCAUCCGCGCGCUCAGACAGGGCCCAGCGCGGCCUAGGACCUGGGCGGGCGGGAUGAGGUCACCGGGCCGCCUGCAUCCCCGACUGCCCCCGCCCCAGCAUCGCGGGCUCUCACCCUGGCCCCUAUCCCGCCCCUCCGCGGCCUGGGGCUGGGGGACUCGGGACGCGCAGCCCCCGCCCCUGGAAGCCGGCGCUUACGUAACAGGAUCCUUCCAGCGGGGCCGGCGCAGGACCGAGAGAGACUGACCGCGGGGAGGAGCUGGACUCAGCGGGGAGAUGAAGACGCCAGCAGGGGCGCCGGGACGCCCCCACCCCGCACUGCUCCAGGCAGGCCGGAGGGACGGCAGGCGCUGCCUAACCGGUAAACACCUGCUCAUCAACUGUCUGGACUGAUGCACUAUUCUGCAGCGAGAAACCACUCACAUGCGUGCAAAGACCUUUUGCAAAGAUUACUUUAAAGCUAAAUAGAAUCUGCAAAGUCUU